CAUCCUCUUUAAUCCACAACAGCUUUUAACAACUCUUCCACAGAUACCAAUAACAAAAAAAAAAAACUUUUUUUUACAGAGAAACCAAAAAGACAAUGUUCAAAGGCUCUGAAGAACCUCCUUCAUAUUCACGCCAUGCUCCACCUCACCAUUCAUCAGGGGCUUUGCGUGUAUGCUGUAUCACCCUCAACGAAACGGAUAAAAUCCGUUUGAUAGGCACACCUCCUGAACUCGCCAAUCCUAUCCGUCAAGCCAUCGUUCGUGCUUGGGGUAGGAUCCAGAAAGAGUCUGAUUAUGCUGGGGCUCAUCAGUUCAAACUUCUGGGGAACCCUUGGUCUGCUAGGGGAAAUGAAGGGGUCCUCUCUAGAAGACUUGUGGUUGAUAUCCUCAAGACGAUGGCUCAACAUGGUUGGACCCUUAUUCAAUCUGCUGAUGUCUCUAGGAAAGAAUACGAAAAGGACUCUUUGUUUUUCGAAUCAUCAGCAUUACAACCUGUGGAUGUAGGUCCCAUUGACAUGUUCGCCAUUAGUCUAAACCGAACUGACCGUAUUCGACUCAUUGAUGCCCCCUCAGAAUUUCGUGACAUUGUGCGACAAGCUAUUAAAACUCAAUGGAAACUUGGUUCGUUCGAAUUCAAAUUGAGCGGGAAUCCAUUUUGUCCGCAGGGCGAAGAGACUGUCCAUUCGCGUAUGAUGCUCUCUCAAAUGCUCGCAGCCAUGGCAGCACAUGGAUAUAGACUAUAUGCCUCUGUAGAUAUCAGCAAUGGUGAUGCAGAAGGCCGAGACCUCCAUUCAUGGUUCUUCCGACGCGUCACCCGCACUUGGCCAUCACGAGCGAUAGCCGACCCGGGACUUUCAGUAAUCUAG